AAAUACAGAACCUCUAUACACUAAAAGAGCUCAUCACAAAACCAACAAAAAAAGAAGCAGAAGAACAUAAAGCAAUAAAUUUAGAAACACAUCAAAGAAGAAGAAGACAUGGGUCGUCUCUCUGGGGCACGCAAGCUACUCCUAGUCCUCCUGGUUACUGCGUUUGUCUUCUCCGGGAGUGCUGAAGCCUGGAGCUGGAGUUGGGGUUCUGGCCAGUCCGGUUCCAACGGGGGUUGGGGUUGGAGCUCUGACGGCAACUCUGGCGGUUCUUCUGGCUCAAGUUCUGGUGGUUCAGACUCUAACUCGGGUGGUUCAAGCUGGGGUUGGGGAUGGAGCUCUGACGGAACAGAUACAGACUGGGGUUGGGGAAGCAGCUCUGGCUCACACCAUUCCAGUGGGACUGGCACUACACGCAAAAGUCACAGCUCUGCCUCGAACCACUCGAGCAUCGCUGGCUCUACACACAACAAUCACAGUUCGGGCUCCAACCACUCAAGCAUCAUUGGCUCUACACACAAUAACCACAGCUCUGGCUCAAACCACUCAAGCAUCGUUGGUUCUACACACAACAACCAGAGCGCUGGCUCAAACCACUCGAACAUUGAUGGCUCUACACACAACAAUCAGACCUCUGGCUCGAACCACUCAAGUAUCGCUGGCUCUACACACAACCACGCGGCUCCAAUACGUGCUGGAAGAAAGAUUGAGGUAACUGUAUGGAAAAGCGGAUACGGGUACACAGAAUGGAGUUCAAAGCAUGGCCCUAUCUACGUCAACGAUGUUCUUGUUUUCACGUACAACAACAAUGAUCAACCCCAAUCCAAGACGAAGCACCAUAACAAGAAGAACGACGUAUACUUGCUCCCAGACAUGAGGAGCUUCAAGAGAUGCGAUGUGACCAGAGGCAAGAAGCUGACUGCACGAAGAGGUCCAUCAUCAGGAGGCUUCAAGUUGCUUCUCCGUAAGGUUCAGACUUACUACUUCGCCAGUGGAGACCACAACGACUGCAACCACAACAUGAAGUUCUCUGUCCACCCGAUUCCCCACCCUUCUUCUCACUAGCUCUAAUUAAAUCCACUUGCUCUUUCCUUU